AUGGUCGAAGUGGCGGCCGUGGUGGGGCGGAGCGCCUCCCUGCCCCGCGACAUAGAACCGGACACCAACGAAGACCGAGUUUAUAUGGUGCUGUGGUUCAGGCAUUCUGGAGGGAAACCUUUAUACAGUUUCGACGUCCGCGGCCGCAGUUUCAACAAGGCCCUCCACUGGUCCGACCCGCUGGCGUUCGGCCGGCGGGCCUACUUCGUGACCAUGUCUCGACCAGCGUCGCUGGUCGUCGAUGCGGUGCAGCUGGACGACGAGGGUGUAUAUCGGUGUCGAGUCGACUUUAAGAAUUCGCCGACAAGGAACUUUCAGAUACGACUCACUGUCGUUGUACCUCCACACAAGCUGCUGCUGUACGACGAGCAGGGCCGCGACGUCGCCGGUGUGGUUGGGCCUUUAGAAGAGGGCGGAAACUUCACGCUUCUCUGCGAGCUUAGGGGGGGCCGCCCACAACCCACUCUAACCUGGUUGAUCAACAAUAAGCCAGUGGAAGACCACACCCUCCUCAAGAACGACGGGAAAGUCAUGGUUUCCCGCAUCACAGUCAGUGGUGCGGAGCGAAGCUGGCUGAACCACACUGUGCGAUGCCAAGCUGCUAACACUCCUUUACUCAGUCCGCAUGAAAGAGCGGCCAGGGUUGAGAUGCACUUACGUCCAACCUCAGUGGCGAUCACGGACAAACCUGGGCAGAUGUCAGCAGACACCGAAGUCACUCUGGUCUGCGUCAGCCACGGCAGCAGGCCGCCGGCUCAAAUCACGUGGUUCAGGGAGAACAGGCGAUAUACUAGAGGGAAACACAACGACUUAUCCAACGACACGACAUCGGUCAGUCGGCUGACGAUCGUCCCGCAGCCGGAAGACGACGGCGCGGUGAUGCGGUGUCGCGCCGACAACGCCAUACUGCGUACAGCGCUGGAGGACUCCUUCAAAAUGAGCGUCGUAUGUAAGUACAUGUACGACACGUCGUCGGUCAAUCGCCUGACGAUCGUCCCGCAGCCGGAAGACGACGGCGCGGUGAUGCGGUGUCGUGCCGACAACGCCAUACUGCGUACAGCGCUGGAGGACUCCUUCAAAAUGAGCGUCCCGGAAGACGACGGCGCGGUGAUGCGGUGUCGCGCCGACAACGCCAUACUGCGUACAGCGCUGGAGGAUUCCUUCAAAAUGAGCGUCGUUUGUAAGUACAUGUACGACACGUCGUCGGUCAAUCGCCUGACGAUCGUUCCGCAGCCGGAAGACGACGGCGCGGUGAUGCGGUGUCGCGCCGACAACGCCAUACUGCGUACAGCGCUGGAGGACUCCUUCAAAAUGAGCGUCGUUUAUAAGCCAGUAUUAGCCAUGUCGCUGGGUAGCACGUUGAACGCGAACGACAUCAAGGAGGGGGACGACGUGUACUUCGAAUGCAACAUCAGGGCGAACCCGAAGGAACACCGCAUUUCGUGGUUCCAUAACGACCAGCAAAUAAACCAGAACAUGUCUUCCGGCGUCAUCUUCAGCACCAAGUCGCUGGUGCUACAAGGCGUCACAAGGAGAGACGGCGGGCUUUACACUUGCAGCGCCGCCAACCAGAUAGGGGAGGCCACCAGCCAGGCGGUGUACCUGAGGGUGCAAUGUAAGGAGACUAUCUACUUAUCUUACCCAAAGACAGACAAACUCACAGACAGGAACAUGUUUUCUGGCGUCACCUUGAGCACCAAGUCGCUGGUGCUGCAAGGCGUCACGAGGAGAGACGGCGGGCUAUACACUUGCAGCGCCGCCAACCAGAUAGGGGAGGCGACCAGCCAGGCGGUGUACCUGAGGCACCAAGUCGCUGGUGCUGCAAGGCGUCACGAGGAGAGACGGCGGGUUAUACACUUGCAGCGCCGCCAACCAGAUAGGGGAGGCGACCAGCCAGGCGGUGUACUUGAGGGUGCAGUGUAA